AUGGCCCGUACCAAGCAGACAGCCCGCAAGUCCACCGGUGGCAAGGCCCCGCGUAAGCAGUUGGCCACCAAGGCCGCUCGCAAGUCGGCGCCCACCGCCGGUGGUGUCAAGAAGCCUCACCGCUACCGUCCCGGUACGGUCGCGCUGCGUGAGAUCCGCAAGUACCAGAAGUCGACGGACCUGCUGAUCCGCAAGCUGCCGUUCCAGCGCCUGGUGCGUGAAAUCGCGCAGGACUACAAGACGGACCUGCGUUUCCAGUCCACGGCCAUCCUGGCUCUUCAGGAGGCUUCGGAGGCCUACCUCGUGGGUCUGUUCGAGGACACGAACCUGUGCGCCAUUCACGCCAAGCGUGUGACCAUCAUGCCGAAGGACAUCCAGCUGGCCCGACGCAUCCGCGGCGAGCGCACAUAA